UUGAGCGAGGCAUAGUGUAUCAAUGUGAAUUUUAACGUUAAAUUAAAUAUUUAACCACCAUAACAACAUCAAAAUUUAUUAAACCAAAACUGAUAUCAUUUGGUGACCGUUUGCAAUCGACCGAGUUAUUUUACAUACACUACAUGGCACAUGAUGGCGAGAAACAAAGCUGGGACGAUGACGAGCGCUUCUAUUCUUCAGGCCGAGACAGCGACGACAGCCCUAUACUAUCCUACAGAUACGACCGCCACCGCCGCUAUGCGUCAUACACACAGGCCCCGGAGCCUCACGGGCCCCGCGAGAGGAGGUCCGCCGUCACCGCGCUGGCCAAGUGCUUCCUGUUCUCCGCCGCCAUGAUCCUGUUCUGCGCGCUGCUGUACAUCCCGGCCUACAACCGCGCCAGCGACCAGCUGCCCAAAGCCCUGCUCCGCUGCGCCUCGUACACUCAGGCUUCGGAGCCUCACGGGCCCCGCGAGAGGAGGUCCGCCGUCACCGCGCUGGCCAAGUGCUUCCUGUUCUCCGCCGCCAUGAUCCUGUUCUGCGCGCUCCUGUACAUCCCGGCCUACAACCGCGCCAGCGACCAGCUGCCCAAAGCCCUGCCCCGCUACGCCUCGUACACUCAGGCCUCGGAGCCUCACGGGCCCCGCGAGAGGAGGUCCGCCGUCACCGCGCUGGCCAAGUGCUUCCUGUUCUCCGCCGCCAUGAUCCUGUUCUGCGCGCUGCUGUACAUCCCGGCCUACAACCGCGCCAGCGACCAGCUGCCCAAAGCCCUUCCCCGCUACGCCUCGUACACUCAGGCCUCGGAGCCUCACGGGCCCCGCGAGAGGAGGUCCGCCGUCACCGCGCUGGCCAAGUGCUUCCUGUUCUCCGCCGCCAUGAUCCUGUUCUGCGCGCUGCUGUACAUCCCGGCCUACAACCGCGCCAGCGACCAGCUGCCCAAAGCCCUGCCCCGCUACGCCUCGUACACCCAGGCCUCGGAGCCUCACGGGCCCCGCGAGAGGAGGUCCGCCGUCACCGCGCUGGCCAAGUGCUUCCUGUUCUCCGCCGCCAUGAUCCUGUUCUGCGCGCUGCUGUACAUCCCGGCCUACAACCGCGCCAGCGACCAGCUGCCCAAAGCCCUGCCCCGCUACGCCUCGAACACUCAGGCCUCGGAGCCUCACGGGCCCCGCGAAAGGAGGUCCGCCGUCACCGCGCUGGCCAAGUGCUUCCUGUUCUCCGCCGCCAUGAUCCUGUUCUGCGCGCUGCUGUACAUCCCGGCCUACAACCGCGCCAGCGACCAGCUGCCCAAAGCCCUGCCCCGCUGCGCCUCGUACACUCAGGCCUCGGAGCCUCACGGGCCCCGCGAGAGGAGGUCCGCCGUCACCGCGCUGGCCAAGUGCUUCCUGUUCUCCGCCGCCAUGAUCCUGUUCUGCGCGCUGCUGUACAUCCCGGCCUACAACCGCGCCAGCGACCAGCUGCCCAAAGGUCUAGUAGCCGGCUGGUCGGUACACACGAAUCGGGACACAAAAAUAUACGUACAGCCGAACAACGUAACCUUAAUUCACGAGCCGAAAGACAUAUGCUCCAAGCUAGAUAGAAACAAAAAGAACAAACUGUUCCUUCUUAUAGUGGUUUGUUCCUCAACCACUAAUUUCGAGAGAAGAGUUGCCAUACGCGAAACGUGGGGCAACCGAGACAUAUACAGAAAUCUCGAAAAAGUCUUCAAUACUGUCUCGGAUAAAUACAAAAGUUACAAUUAUACGUACGACUUGUACCCAGAAUCUCAUAAUGUUAGUGUGAAUGUAAGUAAGUCUAGGAGAGACAUAUCCAUUGGCAGUAUUUUGCCAGAAUUAGCUAAGGUGUUGCAGAAUAAUAUGGUUAAUACAAAGACUGAGGAUGUACCUGAGAAGCGGUUUGAGGACGACGAUGAUCCGGUGUUGCCAGAGUUCGACAUGAAUAAAGAGCUGGGGGAGAACGCGGAAAGUUAUGAUUAUGAAUAUGAAUCUAAUAUUAUGAGGAUACCUCCAAGAGGUUACGAAGACAGUCCGAGUUUGGGGAAAAUACUAAAAAUGUUGAAAGAAAAAGACGUUUUCCCCGAAAAGGUGGAGGAAAAAACAGAAGAGGCUGACAACACCGAACCAGAGUUCAAACUUGUGUUCCUGUUAGGGUUGCCAACGCAGAAUAACGACACGGAGGUCCAGAGUAAAAUUGACGAAGAGGUGGAAAGGUACGGUGACGUCAUUCAGGAGGGGUUUAUAGACUCGUACAAUAAUCUGACGCUGAAGUCUAUUAUGAUGCUGAAGUGGAUCACCAAUAAGUGUAAUGAGAGUGUCCGCUACAUCCUAAAGACAGACGACGAUAUGUACAUAAACGUGCCAAAACUGAUGUUCAACCUGAAGAACCGUUCGCGAGACUUCGAUGAGAAGGUGGCGGCGGGGGCGAAAGACCACGAGUACUUGUUGAUUGGAGCGCUAAUAUGUGGUGCGAGACCUGUGCUGGAUAGCAAUAAUAAAUGGUACAGUCCUCGCUACAUGUACGGCGGGCGGGUGUACCCUCGGUACCUAUCGGGUACAGGGUACGUACAGUUCUCGCUACAUGUACGGCGGGCGUGUGUACCCUCGGUACCUAUCGGGUACAGUCCUCGCUACAUGUACGGCGGGCGUGUGUACCCUCGGUACCUAUCGGGUACAGGGUACAGUCCCCGCUACAUGUACGGCGGGCGCGUGUACCCUCGGUACCUAUCGGGUACAGGGUACGCUCUAAGCUCGCGUGCUGCCAGCGCCCUCUACUCGGCGGCGCUCAGAACUAACUAUUUCCAUUUGGAGGAUAUUUAUAUCACUGGCAUGUGCGCCAUCCGGUCCUCCCCCCGGAUAAUCCCGCGGGACGACCCGGACUUUUCGUACCGGGCGGGCAGCACGCGCGCCGAAUGCGCCGCGCAUUCGCACGCGACCACGCACCGCGUGUCGCCGCGGCGCAUGCGGCUGUUACAUCGGCGGUUAGGGCGCCUAGACCUGGCUGAUAGAUGGAACUCGCCCCAAAGAUGCGCCUUAAAACGAUCUUCCCUUACAGAUUCUAGAUUGCUGGAACCAUGGGCGUACCUAGCUACUAAAGCCUGGUCCGUGAGCACGUAG